AUGGGUGGACGCUUUAUCAACACAGAUUCAGAGUAUUCAGAAGCUGUUCCUGGUCUCCCCACUUCAUAUGCUGCUAUCUUAAGAAUCAAAUCUGGUAGUUCAUCUUUAGCGUCAUUUAAUUCAAAGAACAGACCACGAUUAAGCAGUCCUUCAUCAGGAAGUAUAUCUUCACCAGGUUGGAGAGGAUCUGCACAACACUAUCACUCCCCAACAAAUCCCUACCACUUUUCAGAGGCCUUCAAACAUGAUGAAAGUGUUGAUUAUGGGCCGGUGUUUGUACAAGAACCAGAUGAUGUGAUUUUUCCAACUGAUUCUGAGGAGAAGAAAGUAUCUCUGAAUUGUCAAGCUCGUGGAAAUCCUACUCCCACAUACAGAUGGCUUCGAAACGGAACUGAAAUUGACAUUGGGAGCGAUUAUCGCUUCAGUUUAAUAGAAGGAAGCUUGAUCAUCAACAACCCCAGUGAAAUGAAAGAUUCUGGACAGUAUCAGUGUUUAACCUCCAACAUGUUUGGCAGUAUUUUAAGCAGAGAAGUUGUUCUUCAGUUUGCAUAUCUGGGGAACUUCAGUGGUCGGACAAGAAGUGCUGUUUCUGUACGUGAAGGUCAAGGAGUUGUUCUGAUGUGCUCCCCUCCACUUCAUUCACCAGAGAUCAUCUAUAGCUGGGUAUUUAAUGAAUUCCCAUCUUUUGUGGCAGAAGAUAGCAGACGCUUCAUCUCUCAGGAGACAGGCAAUCUCUACAUCUCCAAGGUGCAAACAUCUGAUGUUGGCAGCUAUAUAUGCUUGGUAAAAAACACGGUAACAAAUGCCAGAGUUUUGAGUCCUCCAACACCUCUGACACUGAGAAAUGAUGGUGUGAUGGGGGAAUAUGAACCAAAAAUUGAAGUCCAUUUUCCUUACACAGUAACAGCUGCAAGGGGAAGUACUGUUAAGAUGGAGUGUUUUGCACUUGGCAACCCUGUUCCAACAAUCUCUUGGAGGAAAGUUAAUGGUCACAAUCCAAGUAAAGCCCGCCUGAGAAAAUCCCAAGCUGUGCUUGAAAUACCGAAUGUGCAGCUAGAGGAUGCAGGAGUGUAUGAAUGUAAGGCUGAAAAUUCUCGUGGAAGAAAUGUCUUCAGAGGACAGCUACAAGUGUACACCUACCCACAAUGGGUGGAGAAACUUAAUGAUACUCAGUUAGACAGUGGAGAUCAACUCCGAUGGGAAUGUAAAGCCACUGGAAAGCCAAGACCCACGUAUCGUUGGCUGAAAAAUGGAGUUCCUCUCUGGCCACAGACCAGGAUUGAGAUGGUUAAUGGUGUUCUGAUGAUCCACAGUGUGAAUGUUUCAGAUGCAGGAAUGUAUCAGUGCUUAGCAGAAAAUAAGUAUGGCACCAUUUAUGCCAGUGCUGAACUGAAGAUUUUAGCUUCAGCUCCCACUUUCCCACCAAAUCAAAUGAAGAAAACUAUAAUUAUUACCAAGGGCCAAGAAGUUGUCAUUGAGUGCAAGCCACAAGCUUCUCCAAAGCCAACUAUCACUUGGAAGAAAGGAGACAAAGCAUUAAGAGAGAGUAAGAGGAUAACUAUUCUUCCGCAUGGGAGCCUGCGAAUCGUGAAUGCUUCUAAGUCAGAUGAAGGACGUUACUUAUGCCAAGGGGUAAAUGUAUUUGGAUCUGCAGAAAUCAUUGCAUCAGUAUCUGUUAAAGAACCUACAAGAAUAGAGCUGACUCCCAAGAAGAUAGAGUUAACGGUUGGAGAAAGCAUUGUCCUCAGUUGCAAAGCCCUUCAUGACAGCACUCUAGAUGUCACCUUCUAUUGGACACUCAAUGGGCAGCCAAUUGACUUUGAAAAAGAAGGUGGACACUUUGAAAGCAUCAAGGCACAAGCAUCCUCUGCAGAUUUAAUGAUCAGGAACAUUCUCCUGAUGCAUGCUGGGAGAUAUGGCUGCAGGGUUCAGACCGCAGCGGACACCGUGUCAGAUGAGACGGAGCUGCUUGUUAGGGGUCCUCCUGGCCCCCCAGGGGUUGUAAUAGUGGAGGAAAUUACAGACACCACAGCAACACUCUCCUGGAGUCCUGGGGCAGACAAUCAUAGCCCUAUAUUCCUCUACAACCUACAAGCACGCAGUCCAUUUUCUCUUGGCUGGCAGAUCGUAAAAACAGUUCCAGAUGUAAUAAGUGGUGACAUGGAGUCUGCCAUGGCUGUUGAACUGAACCCUUGGGUAGAGUAUGAGUUCAGAGUUGUAGCAACUAAUAAAAUUGGGACCGGAGACCCAAGUGCACCAUCACGAGUGAUCAGAACCAAUGAAGCAGUUCCAAAGACACCUCCAGCUAAUGUAAGUGGCAGAAGUGGAAGGCGGCAUGAAUUAGUAAUAGCAUGGGAGCCAGUAUCAGAAGAGUUUCAGAGCGGAGAAGGAUUUGGGUAUAUUGUAGCCUUCAGACCUAAUGGAACACGUGGCUGGAAGGAAAAAAUGGUAACAUCUUCAGAUGCCUCGAAGUUCAUCUACAGAGAUGAAAGUGUUCCACCUCUUACUCCUUUUGAAGUAAAAGUUGGUGUUUACAACAACAAGGGAGAUGGACCCUUCAGCCCUAUUGUAGUCAUCUGCUCAGCUGAAGGAGAACCCACUGCUGCUCCCAUCGAUGUCAAAGCUACGAGUUUGUCUGUAUCAGAGAUUCUUGUUGCGUGGAAACAUAUUAAAGAAAGUCUAGGAAGACCACAGGGAUUUGAGAUUGGUUACUGGAAAGACAUGGAGCAGGAAGAAGCAGCAGAAAAGGUCAAAACUGAGGGAAAUGAGUCAUCCAUUCUCCUGACAGGAUUAGAAGGAAAUACAUUGUAUCACCUAACAGUAAGGGCAUACAAUGCUGCAGGGUAUGGACCACCUAGCACUGCUGUGCGUGCAGCCACCAAGAAGUCCCCUCCCAGCCAAGCACCAAGCAAUAUCAUGUGGAUACAGGAUGGCUCUCAUGUGUCUCUUGGGUGGGAGCCAGUCAGACCUCUUGCUAAUGAAUCUGAUGUAAUGGGAUACAAGGUAUUAUUUAGGCAAGAAGGCCAGAGCAACAGUCAAGUUAUAGAAACACAGAAAACCUCUGCAGUGGUCCUUCUUCCUGAUGUUGGUGUCUACAUCAUUGAGGUCUGUGCUGUCAGUGAAGGAGGUGAUGGUACCACAAGCCCCCAAAUCAGAGUUCCAUCUUUUUCAGGAGGGAAAGUAACAAGUGCUCAGUCCACCUUACAUGUGUUUUCCACUUCCUCGUCGUCUGUAACAUUGCUCUUGGCUUUAAUGGUUCCUUCAACCUCAUGGUGA